AUGACCAUCUUCCAAUCAGCACCAUACGCAUCACCCUCGGCUAGCAAUAUCUUUUGCGCAGAGUAUUGGCUUGCCUUCACUGUCUUUCGUGAAUUAGCAGUAUCAACCACCACCUCAGAGUCUUCCACUAUUUCCACAUCGUCCCGUACAAGCGCACCAUCUACCACCACGUCAUCCGCGACUGGCUCACCCUCAAACAAUUCACCAACAACGGCCGCACCCACAGCCAGUGCAUCCACCACAGCUGUCCAAGCCGGGGAUUCGCAAACCGUGACAGGAACACAAUCUAGUCAGAGUAAAGGCUGGAUUGCAGGAGCUGUAGUCGGCUCAGUUGCAGUGCUCGCCAUAAUUGCAGGUCUCGUUGGAUGGUUCCUAUAUCUCCGAAAGAAAGCGCAGCAAUUAUCCGCAAAGGAGGAGUCUACCAUGAGGCAGAGCCUUCCUUACCAGCAGAGCCUCUACAAGGCACCUCAAGAAAUGGAUACCGUGUCCAAUCCAUUUGUACAUGAGCUGAGCUCGUAUGGACACAAAUAA